CAAGCCUUUGAACGAUCAGCGACGACGGCGUUACUUUUGGCGCGGAUACAGCAGCGACACUUUUUUUUCUCGUUGGCAGGCGCCUCCUGUCACCCAACAAGCAAACCAAACCGAUAAACAAACAAAUAAACAAGCCAACUGGCCAACAAACAAAGCAUAAACAAAGCAUAAACAAACAUAAACAAGCCAACAACCCAGCAGACAAGCUAAAUCGAAAAACAACUGUGCAUUUUUGGUUCGAGAUUCCUUUAAUUUGAUCGCUUACAUUUCUUUUUUUGCCUGUGUUCCUUACUACAAAAAUCCCCUAAAGUAUUAUAUCUAAAAUCCAAUAACCAGUGACAAUAAGAGCAGUCAAACAUUGCAACUGUAGAGGGCAAACACAUCAGCAAACAUCAGCCGACGGCCGAGUGAACAAAAGUGCAGCGCCGACGGACUCACAAAAAAGAUACAGAUACAGAUACGGAUACUAUCUGGGCUAAUCCUUACGCGAUUUGCUGCCCAUUUGCUUUUUUUCUGAGUGCGUGUGUGCUUGUGCUGUGCUGUGCUGUGCUUGCCAAUCCCAAAAUACACACAUGUCCAUGUCCUUUAUGUCUCUAUUUCCCUUACUCUCUUCAGUAAAAACCAGUGAGCCUCUUCUGCAACAAUAGCCACAGAAAGCAAAAAAGAAAAGAUACGAAAAGUAUAGAAAACCAAACCAGAAGACGAACCCUAACCAUUGUGCGAACCCAAGUGGCCGCAAAACAAUUGAAAAAAAGACACCAUCAUUGUGCGCCUCAAAUUGACAGCGGCAGCAGCAGCAGCAGCAACGACCACUGCAACUGCAACUGCAACUGCAGCAGCAACAUCGGCGGCAGCAGCAGCAACAUACACUGCGACAAACAUGCUAACGGACAUGACCCCCACAGCCGGUCAGCUCUACGGAUCCCAGAUCCCGGCCAUGGGCAUGAACAUCACCAACAUCGCCACACACUUGCAGAAGCCACAAGUUAAUCCGGACCAUCCCAGUUUGAGGGGAACCCCUCUCGCCAUGUUGGCCGCCCAGUGCAACAAGCUCUCGAACAAAUCCCCACCCCCUUUGGCCGACGCCGCUGUGGGCAAGGGCUUCCAUCCGUGGAAGAAGAGCCCCAACUCCCCGGCAGCGGGCUCCAGUGGCUCAUCCGGAGGGGGAAACGGCGGAGGAAGCAGCGCCGGCCAGCACUCGCCCUGCGCCAUCUCAGCGGCCAGCUCGUCGAGCUCCAGCGGAUCCAGCGGAGGACAGUCCUCCAGGAGCCUCUCCGCCAGCGCCAGCACCAUGGUGAACAUCACAGCUAGCAUCUAUCCUUACAGUCGCCCCCUGGCCUCCUCCUGCGCGGCGGUGGGCGGGGGCUCCGCCUCCUCGGGCGGUGGCUCCUCCUCCUCCGCCGCCUCCGGAUCGCACUCCUCCUCCGCCUCCGCCUCCUCCUCGUCGGCCUCCGCGAUGGCGGCCGCCUACGGGUCGGAUCUUUACUUCCCGAACGCCUCCACCUCGAACAUGGACAACCAUCACAUGCACCAGGGCCUCCUCGGCAAGGUGGAGGCCGGAGCGGCGGCCUUCGGGGGCGUCUACUCCCGCCACCCCUACGAUUGGCCCUUCAAUGCCGUGAGCCACAAGGAGGCGGCCAGCGUGAACUCCGGCUGGUGGGACAUGCACAGUGCCGCCGGCUCCUGGCUGGACAUGGGUGGUGCGGGCAUGCACUCCACGAUGGCCAACUACGCCAGCGAGAACUACAGCUCGGCGCUGAGUCACUCGCUCCUGGGAUCCGGCCAGCACUUGCUGCAGGACACCUACAAGAGCAUGUUGCCCGGCCAGGGAGUGGGCGUGGGCGGCGGCGUUGGCAUUGGAGUGGGCGUGGGCAUGGGUGGCUUCUCCCUGCCCCACAGCUCCCCGUCGGCGGCAGCGGCGGCGGCAGCAACGGCAGCGGCAGCAGCCGCCGGUGGUUCACCCCAGGGUGGCUCACCCUCAACGCCGUCGCCGCGAUCCCAGCGGCGGUAUGCCGGACGGGCCACCUGCGAUUGCCCCAAUUGCCAGGAGGCGGAGCGCCUGGGCCCAGCCGGCGUCCAUCUGCGCAAGAAGAACAUCCACUCGUGCCACAUACCCGGCUGUGGCAAGGUGUACGGGAAGACGUCGCAUCUGAAGGCUCACCUGCGGUGGCACACCGGCGAGCGUCCCUUUGUGUGCAACUGGCUGUUCUGCGGCAAGCGCUUCACGCGCUCCGACGAGCUGCAACGGCACUUGAGGACGCACACCGGCGAGAAGCGCUUUGCAUGCCCCGUGUGCAACAAGCGGUUUAUGCGCAGCGACCAUUUGGCCAAGCACGUGAAGACGCACAAUGGCACGGCCGGCCACCAGGUCAAUGGCCAUGGUGGCCAUGGGCUGAAGAAGGGCUCCUCGGAAUCGUGCAGCGAUUCGGAGGAGGCCGCCAACCAGUCGGGCGAGUCCAACGGGCUGGGCGGCGUGGGCAGUGGCCCUCAGACGGGCGGGGUCGGUGGCGGCGGGGGUGGCUCGGGUCCAGCUUCCGGUUCCGGAUUGGCCAGCGGCAGUGGAAGUGGAAAUGGAAGUGGCGCAGGAGGCAACUCCUCCUCCGGUGGCGGCGGCGGCUCCAGCUCCACCUCCAAUUCCAACUCCAACUCCGGUGGGUCGAGCGGCUCCGUUUCCGGUUCCGGUUCUGGGAGCAGCCAUCCCGGCACCCCGACCUCGCUGCACGCGCACAGCGCCAAUGGCACGUCCAGCAGCCUGCUGGGCGGCGGUCUGCACCUGGCCACGCCGCACCAGAUGGUCGCCGCGGGCGGUUCGCCGGUGAUGCUCCACCAGCAGCAGCAGCAACAGCAGCAGCAGCAGCAACAACAGCAGCAGCAGCAACAUCAGCAGCAGCAGCAGCAACACCAGCAGCAGCAGCAGCAGCAGCAACACCAUCAGCAGCAACAGCAGCAACACCACCAACACCUUCAUCAGCAAUUCGGCCAGCAGCAGCAGCAGCAUCCCCAUCACCACCUGCACCACCAUGCCCACCACUCGCACCACCUGGCCACCGGUGGCUCACCUGGCCUGGAUCCCAGCUCCCUGGUGGACAUCAAGCCUCCCAUGGUUUGAGGUUCGCUGGGACCCUUCCUCUUCACCAACUAAGGAAUGGGUUCCAUCUCUAAUAUAUCUGAUAAUAUAUCAUCUAAAAGCUAUCCGGCGGUUGUACAUAUUCGAUAAAGCCCGC